AUUACGUGAUAAUUGCGCGUGCGCAUUUCUUAUUUUCAAAAUGGCAGUAACAAGAUGCAUUGAUACUUGUCAUUCUUGUGUCUUACAAUCACAUACGUUCCAUAUAAUAAACUGUAUUAAGUAUCUAAUAUUAUUAUGAUUCUGAUGCAUAUUAAUUUCGGAGUACAGUUUUUCAUAAGAACUCAUUUCAAUUACGUAAAAAGAACAAUGUCAACAUCCACCUAAGGUACUUAACAUAAGUACCAUUAUAUACUGAGUGACACAUAAAUGCGCUCGGCUAUUAGUGUUAUUUUGUCGAGUCCAGUGCCCGACAAUAAGAUGUCUCACCCUGAUUACGAGCAAACCGCUCAUGAUCACGCGGCACUGCUUUUACUUUUAAGACCGAUUGGUACUCAGAUAAAACAAAAAACAGUCUCUAGAUUAUUUGAACGUAUUAUCAAAGCAGGGAGUAGAUUUACUGUAAGAGACUCCUCUGGUAAUACACGAGAAAUACUUGCUCGAUUUGUCAAAGAACAUCCAGUGGAAAAUAAUGACUGGGGAGAAUUCCAAACACAUAGAAGGCUUUUGGGCCUUAUUACAUUUGGCAAGUACGAUAAUCAAACAGAAUUGAAUGAACUAUGCAGACUUCAUGAAACCUUAAAAGUAAAAUAUAGUGCCACAUUGUAUGAUUCUCGAGCCAUUCUAUUUGGACCAUUAGAAUCAAAUAAUCCUCGUGAUCCACCAGAGUCAUUUAGUACUCCAUCUAAUUUUAAAACACAAGCUGUUUUUUAUACAGAUGAAUCUUGUUCUGAUCUUGAAACAUAUAUUGUGGAAUGUCUUCAUUCACUAUUUUGGAUUUUAGAGUCCAAAAGAUUAGAACGAUCUAGAGAGAAAGUAGAUCGUGUGUCUCUUCUUUUAGCACCAUUUGAAAAAAAAGACUUCAUAGGCUUAGAUCUUGAAUCUAGAAAUAAUAGAAAAAGAUGCGUGGGACGCAUGACAAAACAUUUGGGAGAUUUGUGCCUUCAAGCUGGGCUCCCAGCUGAUGCGUUGUAUCAUUAUAAUUCAGCAGCUAAUGUACUACAAGCUGUUAAUGACUGGUUAUGGCUCGGUGCAGCUUAUGAAGGAUUAUGUGCUGCUUCUGUUUUAGUUUUGUAUCCUAAUAUGUGUAGAAAUCUUCCAUUACAAAGAAAUUCUUCUCUUCAAGAAGGAAGUCCAGGUAAGCAAAGACGAGGUUCUCAAGCUGUUGCUGUAUUACCAUCACCACCAACUAUUGAUAUAGUAAAAACAAAUAUGCCACAUAUUUUAUUACCUGAGGAAAUUUCUAAAAAAUAUCGUGAAGCCAUUGUUCAUUAUAGUAAAUAUCAGUAUGCGGGUAUAAUUGAAACAGAAGCUAGCUUUAAAGCAACAAGGAUAUCAAUAGAACAGAAUUGUACCUUGCAAGCUACAUCUUACUUGAACAAUGUUAUACUUAUCAAUUUAACUUUGAGUGAACAAGAAAAGAUCGAUCGUUUUACUACAUUAUCAGAUUUAUAUACAAGUUUUGGUUUUGUAAGAAAAGCGGCAUUUUGUUUACGAUUAGCUGCUACACGUCAUGUUUCUCAAAACAAUCCUAGUCCUGAUUGGCAACAAUGUUAUAAUUUAAUGUUACAAGCUACUUCUGGUUUCAAAUUAUCUUUAGAUCCUAUCGAUAUGCCUGCAGAUGGACAUAGAGGUUGGCCUGUUAUUCAAAUACAUGUUAUAAACGAACUUGUUGCUGCUGCAAAUCGUAUGGGUAAUCCAGCAUUAGCUACAAGACAUUUGACAUUUUUACUUCAAACAAUGUACAAUCAUUUAACUUCUGCUGAACGUAAAGAAACUGCUUUACAACUUCAAACUGUAUCUCAACAAUGUGAAGGUGCUCCUGUUCCCCUUGUCUUAGAUUCUGGAACAGUCAUACCGCCAGCUAAUUUAAUAAAUAUCCCAAAAACAAAAUAUUUUUCUUUGAAAAAUUUACAACCACAUUUGCAGCCACAAAAGAUUGAACGAGUCAAGGAAGAUCAUGGCCCAUUUUUAUUUACACCUAUUAAUUUUGGUUCAUUAGAACGUAAAACUAUGUCCAAAAGUAAAAUGGAUUACUUAUGGGUCGAAGGAGAUAUCUGUGAAGUGUCAAUGCAAUUUAUAAAUCCAUUACCAUUUGAAUUGCAUGUAUCUAAUAUGAGACUUCUUACUAAUGGUGUUGUGUUUGAAUCAAUACCAGAAAGUAUUACGCUUCCUGCUGAAUCUGGACCUAUCGCAGUUACUUUAGCUGGUAGACCUAAAGAAAUUGGAGAUUUAGAAAUUCUUGGUUUCAGUACACACACAUUAGGAGUUAAGUCCAAUUGUAGAUUAAGGCAUAUGGAAGGAAUGAUACAUCCUCAGUAUACUAUUGAGGUAAUUCCAGCUUUACCAAGAUUAGACGUUGCCACGAGUUUACCACAAACUGCGAGUUUCAGUUCCGGUGAAAAUAUCGUUACGAGUGCUAGUAUAUCAUUAUAUGGAGGGGAAAGUGCUGAAUGUACUAUAACAAUAACAAACGUAGGCCAAGUUCCUAUUGAAAUGAUAGAAUUGUCAAUACAGUCUACUUUAGAUGCAGUUACAGAAGGAAAAAUAUUUAAAUGGAGUGAUGAAAAUUUAAUGACACAAUUGCCCUUACAACCUUGUACUAGUGCAAGUCUUACAUUAUACCUGCAUGCUGCCACAGACUUUAUUGCACCUGUAUCUAGAAAUGAUAUCAAUAGCAGUAGUUAUCUCAGUCAACCAAGUAGUUUAUUGUCACAUUCAGGACACAGUUCAUUACCAUCUAGAUUAAGUUCUCCAUCUCAUCAUACUAAAAGACAAUCUGAACUGACUUCUUCCUUUAGAUCUGGUUUGAGUUCUCAUUCUGGUCAUUCUUCUUUAGCGAGUACACGAUUGUCUAAACUUGCAGUGCCAUUGCAUAAUUCAAAUAUUAUUGAAGGACAAUUAAAAAUAAAAUAUUCUGGCGGUUCUGGAUUAGCAGUAGGCUAUUGUAGAAUUUCAUCUGUUUUUAUAACAGUUGAAAUGUUACCUAGUAUACAUAUUACAAAUUGGGAUGUAUUACCAGCAGAAACGUCAUCACAAUUUUAUCUUGUAUUGGACGUUACAAAUAUGACAAAUCAUGAAAUGGAGCUACAUUAUACUCAAAGCAAGUGUAUAUACAUGGAAGGCAAAGAACCAUGUAGAAUACCAGUCCCAGUGGAUAGAUGUCCACUUAAUAAAUUAUCCAUGUUAAACGGAGGAGGAGAUAAUGGAGAACUUCAAAAAAUUUGUGCCGAACACAUUGCUUCGUUAGUAGAUUUACGUUGGCAAUUAUUAGGUACCGAAUCUACUGGAAAAGCAACUCUUUCUGGCAUUACUCUUACUCAAGAUAUGCUGGAUCUUGUUAGAAUGAGUCCUUUACAAUGGGAAGUAACUAUAAAUGAUGCAAUGGUAAAAGCUCAGGACGAGCUAACAUGUAAUUUGGGCGAAUGUGUUAAUAUUGGAAUAGAUGUAUGUAAUGCAUUAGAACAUCCUCUCAGUGAUCUUAUAUUAUCUAUUAAUUUUUAUCAAGAUCAUCACAAUGGAGUUAAUAAUUAUCAACUAGAUACAAGGUUAUCCAUUGCUGGUGCAAAUAAAGUGAUGCUUCCAGCUUUACAGGAAUAUGGGAGAGCAUAUCAUGAGUGUCGAGUAGUAUUUUUUACUGCUGGCCAGUAUAAAAUAGAUAUCCAAUGCAGUAGUAAAGAAACAACACCAAAUACUCCAACACUAUGUUCAGAACUCAUAAAUGCUGGACAUACGUGGCGUUACAUACCACCAAUAGAAAUAACGGUAGAUGAUUAUUGAAUUUUAUUGUGCUAUUGCUUGCAUUGUAAUAUUUGUAUAAAAUAUUGAAGGAUAUCUAUGCCUUGUUGUCAUGAUCGAGUGCUUAAAAUUGAACAUAAACUUUUACUUUCUUUAAUAAAAGAAAAGAUUAUGAGAUCUGUCAAAA